GUACGGUAUUGCACUGUACAUGUACACACUAUACCACAUCCAUUUGUGUAUUAUUUCUCGUGCCUUCCUCACCUCAGACGGGAGACGCUGUCAAAACAACCACACCACACACCACCUCAUUUUCUUCUUCCCGUCUUCCCGCAUGACCUUCAAGGUCGCACUGCAGCACCAUGGCAAGCAAGAAAAGAAAAGCGUCCUGUGAUGAGUGCGACGCACCAGCCGAGGCUCACGCAGAGCCGACCACCCCCACUGCUCCCAAACCAAACCACAACGUUCCCCAUCAUGUCCCCAAACCUUACUUUGGCGAUGCCACUGAGGCAUUAAUAGCAAAGGCCGACCGCUACUUUCGUGACCUAUACCGCUGCGAACCCGACUUCAAAACGUUGGCGGCAAGAGAUCCCGACUUUGCAGUCUGGGUGAAGAAGGGUGGAAAGCUGAAUUUCAGCGACGCUGCUGCCUUCAUGCAGCUGACCAAGACGCUGCUCAAGGCAGAUUUUGGCUUGAAGAUCGAGCUUCCAGACGAUCGACUUUGCCCCCCGGUCACAAAUCGCCACAACUACAUCUUGUGGCUGAAAGAGUUGAUGGACACGACAUCCUAUGAACAGCCUGGCGGCAAACUUUGUGGCCUUGACGUCGGCACGGGUGCAAGCUGCAUCUACCCUCUUCUGGGAGCCGUGCAGCGGCCAUGGAACUUCGUGGCAACAGAUAUUGACGCCAAGAGCCUUGUCCAUGCCCGAAAGAAUGUUGAGCUCAACGGGCUUGAAAAGCAAAUCCGGGUCAUGGAGCGGAAGGCCUCCGAUAGUUUGGUGCCGCUUGACGAUAUCGGCGUUCAGUCAAUCGACUUCGUCAUGAUGAACCCGCCAUUUUACGAGUCCGAGGACGAACUGAAACAGUCUGCCGAGAACAAAUCACAGCCACCUAACUCUGCCUGCACUGGCGCGCCCGUGGAAAUGAUCUGCGAAGGGGGCGAGGUGGGCCACGUUGGACGCAUGCUGAAGGAGUCACUGAUCCUGCGCGACAAAGUUCGAUGGUACACGACAAUGGUCGGGAAAGCCUCAAGCCUCGACGCCCUUGUAGGCCAGCUCCGCGAAAACAACAUCGACAAUUUCGCUGUCACGGAAUUUACCCAGGGCAAGAAGACUCGACGCUGGGCGCUUGGCUGGAGCUUCGCGCCGAUGAGGCCUGCCGACCAUGUGGCAAGGGGAAUCAAUGCGGGAUCCUGGGAAAACCUCGUCCCGCCCCCUACGAAGCAGGACGUACUAAAGUUACCGGUGGGCAACGAAGUCGGCCCAUUUAUCGAGUUGAUCCUUGUCGUCAUAGGGUCGUUGGAGCUGAUAUCCUGGACAUGGGAUAUGGAAGCGUCGAGAGGCGUAGGUAGGGCGAGACAAAAUGUCUGGAGCCGAUCUUGGAGAAGAAAGAAACUUCGCGAGAUUCCACGUGAGACAGCAGACGCAAGCGUUGCGGUUGUGCCGAAAUCACAGGCCACGGACUCGGAAGAAUGCCGCCUCGGAUUUGCUAUAGCAGUCCGAGUAGGGACGGAUAAAACCACCUUCUCGGUUAACUGGCUCGAGGGCCACGACCAGCCCCUGUUUGUGGCCUUGGCAGACUUUUUGAGAGGAAGGCUCGGACGACUUUUUCAGGAGAGACAUGUUCAGGAGAAUCGUGACGGAAUUGAGGGAUAGAGUAAAUAGUCCUACAGGAGGAGGCUUUGGAUGCCUGAGUAGUAAUGACUGACCACACUUGGUAUGUACACUAGUGUAAGUUAAUACAACUACCGAAAAUGUACUGUAUAUGUAUGUACAUGUACAAACCUCAUCCCCUGACGUUGGACGUGACCCUCAAAGUUUUUCUCUAAGGGAAGCGGUGGCUAUCAGAGCCCCUGAUAUAGAAUCUUAA